GUGUGCGGGGCCCGGGAGCCGUCCCCGAGCAGCCCGGCGGGCACCGGGCUGGGGAAGGGUCCGGUCCGGCCGGGACCCCCGCGCCCCCGCCCCGCGUCCUGCCCGCCGCCCCCGGCCCGAUCCCUGCUUGCCCCGUGGAAGGUUCGCCUGCAGAGCCGAUGAGGAAAUAAGGCGGCGUCACACGCGCCGUCCUGACAGUUGGCUCCAGUGAAUGUGGCCGGCGGGGUAGCAGCGGGGCUGGCAGCGAGGCACCCCGAGGUGCCCCCCCCGGGCAGCGAUGUUCUCCCGGAAGAAGCGCGAGCUGAUGAAGACCCCCUCCAUCUCCAAGAAGAGCCGGGCGGGGAGCCCCAUCCCGCAGACCCUGCCGGACCUGUCCCGGAAGGAUUGCCUGGAGGCGCCCGGCUCCAGCCUGGGGGAUCUGCCCCCCGCCAGCUCCAAGCUCAGCAGCAGCCCCAGCGCCGUGGGCACCCUCAAGCGCCCCACCAGCCUCAGCCGCCAUGCCAGCGCCGCCGGCUUCCCCCUCACCGCCGGGGCCCCCCGGGCCAUGUCCAAGGGCCACAAGACCCCCACAUCCUACAGCCCCAUGGAGGGCGGGGAGGGCCCCUUCAUCGACGUGGAGGACAUCUCCCAGCUGCUGACGGACGUGGCGCGCUUCGCGGAUGCCCUGGAGAACCUGCGGGAUGUGGUGCUGCGAGAUGACCCCAAGGAGUCCCAGCGGCCGCAGGCCCACGAGUGCCUGGGCGAAGCCCUGCGUGUCCUGCGGCAGGUCAUCAACAAGUACCCCCUGCUCAACACCCUGGAGACCCUGACGGCGGCAGGGACGCUCAUCUCCAAAGUGAAGGGCUUCCAUUACGAAUCCAACAAUGAGACGGACAAGCGGGAGUUCGAGAAGGCCGUGGAGACCAUCGCAGUGUCCUUCAGCAGCACCGUGUCCGAGUUCCUCAUGGGGGAGGUGGACAGCAGCACCAUCCUCUCCAUCCCACCCAGCGACCAGAACCAGUCUAUGGAGAGCCUCUACACCGGGAUCUCUGGAGGAGUCGUCAUGCCUGCGGGCAUGGAGAACUAUGACACAGUCCGUCCGGCUGCGGAAGAAGUGGACGUCAUGCUGCAGCGCUGCGAGGGAGGCGUAGAUGCUGCCCUCCAGUACGCCAAAAACAUCUCCAAGUACAUGAAGGACCUCAUCGGGUACCUGGAGAAACGGACCACGCUGGAAAUGGAGUUUGCCAAAGGGCUUCAGAAGAUGGCAAACAGCUGCAAACAAACCAUCACUCAAGAGACAAGCAUGCCUUUCCUGUCCAUCUACUUGCUGGCCCUGGAGCAGGAUAUGGAGUACGGGACGUCGGUUCUGCAGACUGUCAACACCCUGCAGCACCAGACCUUCCUCCAGCCACUGACAGUGAGACGCCUCGAGCACGAGAAGCGGAGGAAGGACAUCAAGGAGCAGUGGCACCGGGCACAGCGGAAACUGCAAGAUGCAGAGGUCAACCUGCGCAAGGCCAAGCAGAUAUACAUGCAGCGCAGCGAGGAGCACGACAAGGCCAAGUACAUGGCAGCGAAAGCGGAGGAAGAGCAGCAGAGCACCACCAGCGGCAUCACCACCAAAGCCCUGGACAAGAAGAGGCGGCUGGAAGAGGAGGCCAAGAACAAGGCAGAAGAGGCGAUGGCCACCUAUCGGACCUGCAUCGCAGAUGCCAACACCCAGAAGCAGGAGCUGGAGGACACCAAGGUGAACUCCUUGCGGCAGAUCCACGAGCUGAUCAAGCAGAGCGACCAGGUCAUCAAGCUGGCCACAAUCGCCUUCUACCAGAUCAUGCACAUGCAGACAGCUCCGCUGCCCGUCUACUUCCAGACGCUGUGUGAGAGCAGCAAGCUCUACGACCCUGGGCAGCAAUACGCCUCCCACGUCAAGCAGCUGCAGCGAGGAGACGAACCCGAUAUCCAAUACGACUUUGAACCUUAUGUGUCACACAACGCCUGGUCCCCCUUUAUCCGGACGCGGAAAGGCAGCUUCAAUGCCAACGACUUCUCCACGAGCAGCAGCCCCGACGGGGCCGGGCUGCCCAAGGACGGGGCCCCCUCAGACGGGGGGGCAGGAGCCAAGGAGCAGCAGAGUGGGGCAGCAGCCGAGCGGAGAGGUGGGAGGGGACACCAGGUCCAUAAAUCCUGGCCAACCUCCAUUUCUGAAACCGACAGCAGUCUGGAUUCAAACACGGGUGAAUUCAGCCAUAAACUCCAGCGGUUGUCUUCCAACGGCACCAUGUCCUCCAGCGAAGAGCUGGAGGAGAAGGACGAGAACGCCACCUCCUUUGAGCAGAGCAUCAACGGGAUCACCCCUGAGAUGACUGCUCCGACAGGACCCUUCCGAAACGUUGGCUUAUCCAAGGCUGCCCAGACCCACCGGCUGAGGAAGCUCCGGACCCCUUCCAAGUGUCGGGAGUGCAACAGCUACGUUUACUUCCAGGGAGCAGAAUGUGAGGAGUGCUACUUGGCCUGCCACAAGAAGUGCCUGGAAACCUUGGCUAUCCAGUGCGGGCACAAAAAGCUCCAAGGGAAGCUGCAGCUCUUUGGGCAAGACUUCAUGAAGGCUUCUCAGAGCAGCUCAGACGGCAUCCCCUUCAUCAUCAAGAAGUGCAUUUCCGAGAUUGAGAAGCGGGCGCUGAAAACCAAGGGCAUCUACCGUGUGAACGGUGUAAAGACCCGUGUGGAGAAGCUUUGCCAGGCGUUUGAGAAUGGGAAGGAGCUGGUGGAGCUGUCCCAGGCCUCCCCUCACGACAUCAGCAACGUCCUGAAGCUCUACCUGAGGCAGCUGCCGGAGCCCAUCAUGCCCUUCCGCAUGUACAACGAGCUGAUGGGCCUGGCCAAGGAGAGCCUGCAGGGCAGCAGCGAGGCCAAAGGCAGGAGCGGGAAGGGGGGGCCGGAGCUGGUGGACAGAGGAGCCGACACGGACAAGGUGGUGGUGACCCUGGUGCUGAAGCUGAAGGAGCUGCUGAAGGAGCUUCCCUGGGAGAACAUGGCCACGCUCCAGUACCUCCUGCAGCACCUGAGGAGGAUCGUGGAGGUGGAACAGGACAACAAGAUGACCUCGAGCAACCUGGGCAUCGUCUUUGGGCCAACACUGAUGCGCCCGAGGCCCACGGACGCCACCAUUUCCUUGUCCUCGCUGGUUGACUAUCCCCACCAAGCUCGCAUCAUCGAGGCGCUCAUCAUCUUCUAUUCGACCAUCUUCGAGAACAAGGAGGCCCCGCUGCUGGCCGACGCCAGCAAAUAUGCCGCAGACACCAAGGAGGAGACGGCCAGCAGCCCCAGCCCGGACGAUGCAGGCUCGCAGCCCGCAGCGCCGCACAGCUCCGUGCCCUACCUAGCGCUGCCUUUGGAGAAGGAGAGUUUGGAUUACAGCACGGACUCGUUCGGAGGGUCCGGCGACCGCUCUGUUGACUCCGACUCGGAGCUGGAGGACAACGGGGAGCCUCCAGCGGGCAGCGGCCCCAGAAUGCAGCUAACGAAGCAGGAAAGCGAGACGAGCACAGACGAGGCUCAGUUCUGCGAUGAUGUGAGCGAGGGACAGCGCAGCCGGACCUGCAGCACGGGGCAGUCGGACACGGAGGGCUCAGCACCGCGCUGCCGCAGCCCCCCGGGAGAGGAGCAGAGUGACCUCGAGGAGUACCCUGAGAGCAGCCUCGAGCCUGCCCAGGCGGACUGCGACACAACCUCGACGCCUGCCGCUGCCCCGGCUGUCGGCUGCCAGGCCCCGGCCCAGCCGUGAGCGGCGACCCCAGCCCGCCUGAGCUCCUAGCAGGGAAACGCGGGCACCGGGGAGGGCACGGGGCGAAGGCCCGCAGCCACCCUGGGUCAGCCUGCAGCACACGAAGCUGUGGGGCAGAGGGGUGGGAGGGAGAGCACGCGGCCGCGGGCCUGCUCAGGAGGGUUUGGUGUGCCAGCUGCAGGCGAGUCCCUGCCGCCUCCUGACUGAAGCUUUCACACAAACCCUGAGCACCCCCCCCCGGCUCCCAGCAGGGAAAACCCAUCCGCUUUGCCUCAGCUGCUGGGAGCCAUGGGGCAGAGCCCCUGCCAGGUCCGGCCUCUGUCCAUGAUGCACGUUUCUUCGAACGGAGCUGAAGCGGGGGGACCGUUUGCUUCUUUCAGACCGGGGAGAACCCCCGGCCUUCGCCGUGCCACUCCACAGGCUUUAAGUUUUGCCGCUGGUCCUUAAUCCUACGGCUCUUCUGCGGAAAUAGAGACGCAAGGCUCCAGCUGAGCUCAUCCUCCCUGCUGGCAGCAGCUCAGGAGGAGAAGAGGCUGCUGGCAGGAGAUGCAGGACAGAGCUCCCCGAGGAGCUGGGGGAGAAGGGCUCCAUGACCCCAAGUACUGCGGGUGCAGCAGCAAGGCCUGGAGCCGGCAGCCAGACCAGACGCCUCCCGGCACUGCUUGCAGUCAGAAUAACACCACCAAGGAGCACGGGGCUCCACCGAGCCUGCUGAAAGCCCCCUGUGGCACCCCACAGAGAGCAGGCAUCAGGGCUGUGCUGCUUACUGAGGCUGGGCAAGGUACAGGCGUUGUUUACAACCGGCUGUACCAGGCAUCCGCAGCCCAGCUACGCAUUUACUGCCUCAGCACUUCCAUGCAACGCAGGACUGAAAUAGCAGCGUGCCCUUCCUGGCUCUGCUGGCAAGGUUUGCAUUGCUGCUUGUAUUUAUGGGCAUUCUUCUACUUUGCAGGAGCCAUGCAAAGACAAACCCACAGGCUGAGCAAGCUUGGGACUGGCUUUCCCAACUGCACACUGUGUGAUCUCAGGGUUUUUUUUCUGAUAGACUUUUGGUCUCCAAAACCUCAGCUGUGGCAGCAACAAAGAGCUGCUGCAGGUCACCAAAGGGCAGAUGCUUCCCCACAGGAUUGCUAUCGCCUGAACCAACUUGCAGCCAGACUCCCUGCCAGUAUAUGAGGCUUUUUUUUUUUUUUUUUUGAAGAUAACCCUUCAACAUGAAUCUGCUACCUCUGCCAGCAACAGAACUUAAGAGGGUUGAACAAGACCAACCAGAGUUUUUUUUUUUUUUUUUAAAGCUAUGAGACUUUUCUGCACUGAAACCUAGAAAAACAAGUAGAUUUUAAGCUUAGAAAGAGCCGAAAGCUGCUUCCUUCUCCUGCCCUGCUUGUACCUGGACCUGGACUGUACUCCUGCCGUCACUGCCAAGUGCCCCCGGACCCUUGCCCUGGGAGGGCCUGAGAUCAGCAGAGCUCAAGAGCUCCCUGCCAGGCACAGAUGCACAGGGGCUGGCACACACGAGACAACUCUCAGUCCACGGUUCCUAAGAAAUUGCACAAAUCCAAAGCAGUUCUCUAAUAAUCAGCCAGAUCCUUCCUCCGUGAAAUGCUGAGUACCAAGUCAUCUCUUGUGCUGCCUACUCACCUGUCAGGCCUCGCCUCUGCAGGUCUCGAGAGCAUCCACAUGAACAGGACAGCGAGGGGGAAGGCAGACAGAUUUCCAGCUAAGGAAGCCAAGCGGGAGUGGUGUCCCAGCUGAAGAUACACUGAACGGUGUUUGGAAGGGUUAUGCACACCUCAUUACUGUAGAAUUGGGUGAUCGAGCAGACAUUUGAUCCCUUAAGAGGAUCAGUCUCCAACACAGUAGAAAGAGCCUGGGCUUUCCAAUUGCCAGAGCUCUCCUAGACUAAUUGGAAAAGCAUCUCAGCACAGUAGGGAAAAGGUACACAAAACCGAAGUUAAAUUUUACAGCUAAAAGGUUUGUAACUGAGCCAAAGAAGAGCUAGAGCUAUUUGUGAGACGAUCUGCUGCAUAGCUCUUCAACAAGAUGGCUGGGUUUUUCCAGCAGGUCAUUUUCAUGGUAGCAAGGGAAGUUUCUUGCUAUCAGAACUGCUACCACGGGCGGUACCACGUGUGUGUGCGAGGAUGGAUGACGGGUGAGUGUGAGUGAGGGAAGGGACAAAAGCUAUGCUUGAGCUUCACAAGGUAACAGGCACCCUUCUGUUUGUACAUAAGUUCAGCGUGAAAAAAGUGUUUGUUGUGACGUGCCUGUACUGCUGUAUGAAACUACCUUUUGUGUUUUGCUGUGUUCAGGUUGACCUGCUUCCAGAAAGAAUAAAAUUCAUGUGUUCCAAA